AUGUUUUCGACCAUCUAUCAAUCGACCUCGUUUUCCAGCCUCGUCUGGCCAUCUUUCACUCUGGCUGUAGCCACCUGGCUGGUCACCAAUUACUUUACAAAAGGGCUCAACAAGUACCCCGGGCCCGUCCUUGCUUCGUUGACAGAUUGGUGGAGGUUUCAUACUGUUUGGCGCAGAAAGGCGCAUUACUCUUACUUGAAACUACAUAAUGAGCUGGGAGACAUUGUGCGGCUCGGGCCCAACUGUCUCUCCUUUGCGCACCCGCAGGCUAUCAAGUCCAUAUAUGGCCUAACUAAGAAGCUCGGCAAGAGCGACUUUUACCCCGUGCAAAUGCAAAUUUCAAAGGGCCAGGUAUUACAAUCGCUUUUUGGCACUCAGGACCAGGACUAUCAUGCCAAACUUCGCAAGGCCGUUAGCAAUGCGUUUUCCAUGAGCUCAAUCGUCCAGUAUGAGGCUCGAGUCAAUGAGACAACCAAGGUUUUUCUCGAUAGAACGGAGGAAUUAUACGCCUCUACCGGCCUAACAUGCAAUUUCAUUCUCUGGCUGCAGUUCUUUGCCUUUGAUGUCAUCACCCAAAUCACAUAUAGCAAAAGAGUGGGAUUCUUGGACAAGCAGGAAGAUGUGGAUGGAAUCAUUGCGUGGCUUGACAAGAUUUUUCAGUACAUGGCGCCAAUAGGCCAAAUUCCACUACUCGAUAAGUUAUUAGUUAAAAAUCCCAUCUUGAUAUUGCUCAACAAGUAUGGGUUCAUUGACAACUCCUCUGGUACUGCCCGCUUCUCCAAAGCUCGUAUGGUGGAACGCCUCCAGGAGCUUGCAGAUAGGAAAGCUGCAGGAAAAGACGAGAUAUAUCAGCAUGGCGAUCUUUUGACUAUGUUCCUACAUUCGCAGAAACAAGACAAGACAGGGUUCUUUGACGACAGCAGGAUUCUAACAAUGACAACGUCAAUUGCGCUUGCUGGGUCUGAUACUACGGCGAUCAGUCUUUCUGCUGUCUUCUAUCACCUUCUUCGGAACCCGGAAUGUUUCCAGAAAAUGCUCAAGGAGUUGCAGGAUGCAAUAGACUCUGGACUUAUCCCAGACUCUGAGAUUUUGUCCUGGAGUGAUUCGCAGAAGCUCCCAUAUCUCGAUGCUUGCAUCAAAGAAACCCUGAGAAUCCAUCCGGCCAUCAGUCUUAAUCUGGAGAGACUCACGCCGCCGGAGGGUAUAGAAAUUUGCGGGGAGCUCAUUCCAGGUGGAACAGUCGUCAGUUGCAACCCAUGGGUUCUUCACAGGAGGAAAGAGAUAUUUGGCGAAGAUGCGGACAUCUACAGGCCCGAGCGUUGGUUGCUCGGUGAAUCGUCCCCGCCGGAAGCGCGUGCCCAGCUCAGUGAAAUGAAGGCAACUAUGCUGCAUUUCGGAGGUGGGUCGCGGACAUGUCUUGGGAAGCACAUUGCUCUUCUUGAGAUGUACAAAUUGAUUCCUAGUUUCUUGAAGAAGUUUGAGGUUAGAACACUACCCUGCACCCGCCCACAUGCAAUUUCUGUUUUUUCCUAA